AUGGUUCCAGGCGAGGUGGGAGAAACCCUCAAGAAUGCCAACAUCGACCUGGAAAACGGAGGAAGUAACCGACUCGUAGAGUUUUUACCCAACGACCCAGAGAACCCACAGAACUGGCCGUUGGCGAAGAAGGUGUUCGUGACCUUUCAGAUCUGCCUUUUGACGGCCAGCAUCUACAUCGGCUCCGCCAUUUACACGGCCGGGCUGAAGGAUGUGAUGCUGGUCUUUGGAGUCAGCCAAGUCGCCGCGCUGCUUGGUCUCACACUUUUCGUGGCUGGAUACGGCCUCGGCCCUAUGAUCUGGAGCCCUCUCUCCGAGAUCCCCUACAUUGGCCGCAAUCCCAUUUAUAUCGGUACACUUUUUGUCUUCAUCCUCCUGCAGAUACCAACGGCGUUGUCAGUCAACUUCGGCAUGCUCCUCACUUUUCGCUUCCUCUCGGGGUUCGUUGGGUCUCCUGUCCUCGCAACCGGCGGCGCCACUUUGGCAGAUAUCUGGGCGCCAAAGAAAAGAGCUUAUGCAAUUGCGUGUUGGGGUAUUGCUGCCGUGGUAGGACCUACGUUAGGCCCUGUCGUUGGCGGCUUUGCGGCCAUGGCCAAGGGCUGGACGUGGCCCAUCUGGGAGUUGAUGUGGCUAAGCAUCUUAGUAUUCGUCUUACUCUUUUUCUGUCUGCCAGAAACAAGCUCGGCAAAUAUCUUGUUCCGUCGAGCGAAACGGCUUCGAGAAAUUACGGGCGACGACAAGUUCAAGAGUAAACCUGAGAUCUUGGCCGAGGAGAUGACCGGCAGGGACAUUGUCAUGAUGUGCCUUGUGCGUCCAUUCACGCUCAGCUUCACUGAACCCAUGCUGUUGCUACUAAACCUCUACAUCGCCUUGAUCUACGGUCUACUUUAUCUCUGGUUCGAGUCAUUCCCGAUCAUAUUCAGUGGUAUCUAUGGCUUCAGCGAUGGAUUGGUAGGUCUGGCCUUCUUGGGUAUCAUGGCCGGAGCCUUCAUUGCCAUACCGCCUUUCUUCUGGUACGUACGCAAAUACCUCGAGCCGCAAUUCGACGAAAAUGGCGACAUUCAACCUGAAAAACGUAUCCCGCCUGCUUUUGCCGGUGCAUUUGCAAUUCCAUUAUGCCUUUUCUGGUUCGGCUGGACGGCGAGGGCAGACAUCCACUGGAUUGUGCCCAUUAUCGGCUCCGCAUGGUUCAGCAUUGGCUCCAUGUUUCUGUUCAACUCAGUGCUCAGCUAUUUUCCUGAUGCGUACCCAGAAUAUGCCGCGUCAGUUCUCGCAGGCAAUGAUUUGUUCAGAAGCGCCUUUGGUGUGAUUUUUCCUCUUUUCGCAAACACCAUGUACGAGAGGCUGGGUGUGAACUGGGCGAGCUCUCUAUUGGGAGUAUUGGCGGUCGUAUUUAUUCCUAUUCCGUUCGUCCUAUACAAGAUUGGGGCCAACUUGCGGAAGAACCACAGCAAGUACGCGAGAAAGGAUCUUUAG